AUGGCUCAAUUGGCAGGAGCUGAUGAAAUUGAGUCUAUGAGAACUGAGUUAGCAGAGAUUGGAAGAAGCAUUAGAUCCUCGUUUAGAAGACAUGUGUCAAGUUUCCAGAAUGGUUCAAGUAUGGCUCCAGAGCCUGACAGUGAUGCUGAUGAAAAUGAUGAUGAGUAUGAGUUGCAAUGGGCGGCUGUUCAAAGAUUACCAACUUUUGAAAGGAUUACUAAAGCUUUGUUUGAUGAACUACAAGAUGGUUCAGCAGAACAUGGGAAUGUCAAAGGGAAACGGGUGGUUGAUCUUAAAAGAAUUGGUGCAGAUGAACGGCAUUUGUUGAUUGAGAAGCUCAUCAAACAUGUUGAACAUGAUAACCUGCGAUUGUUGCAGAAACUAAGAAAGAGAAUUGACAAAGUUGGUGUAAAGUUGCCCACUGUGGAGGAGUUUAGGAAUCUUUCUGUUGAAGGAGUCUGUGAGGUAGUUCACGGCAAGCCUCUGCCCACACUUUGGAAUGCAACUAAGAGCAUGCUAUCUGGAAUGGCCAAUCUAUUAGGUUCAAAGCAAGAGACCAAAAUAAUCAUCAUAAAAGAUGUCAGUGAUGUUAUCAAGCCUGGAAGGAUGACCUUAUUGCUUGGCCCUCCUGGGUCUGGCAAAACCACAUUGCUGUUGGCACUCUCUGGAAAACUCAGCCAUUCUCUUAAGGUUGGAGGGGAAGUAUAUUACAACGGUCAUGGGCUUGAAGAGUUCGUUCCUCAGAAAACCUCGGCCUAUAUAAGUCAAAAUGAUCUGCAUAUUCCAGAGAUGACGGUGAGAGAAACAUUGGAUUUUUCAGCACGUUGUCAGGGGAUAGGGAGCCGUGCUGAAACCAUGGUGGAAGUCAGCAGAUGUGAGAAGCAAUCAGGGAUAGUCCCAGAUCCUGAUCUAGAUGCAUACAUGAAGGCAAUAUGAAUCAAGGCACAGAAAAGUAGCCUUCAAACAGAAUAUAUUUUGAAGAUUCUUGGACUUGAUAUCUGUGCUGAUAUGCUGGUUGGAGAUGCCAUGAGAAGGGGCAUAUCUGGUGGUCAAAAGAAGAGGCUAACGACAGGGGAAAUGAUUGUCGGGCCAACAAAAGCUUUGUUCAUGGAUGAAAUAUCCAAUGGCUUGGACAGUUCCACCACUUUGCAGAUAGUGUCCUGUCUUCAGCACUUGGUGCACUUUACUGAUGCUACAGCAUUGAUUUCACUUCUUCAACCUGCUCCUGAGACCUUUGAUCUUUUCAAUGACAUUAUUUUGAUGGCUGAAGGAAAGAUUGUGUAUCAUGGUCCACGAACUUGUAUUCUCCAAUUCUUUGAGGACUGUGGAUUUAGGUGUCCUGAGCGGAAAGCCGUUGCUGAUUUCUGUCAGGAGGUUAUCUCAAGGAAAGAUCAAGCAAACUAUUGGUCAAGCAGAGAAGUUCCUUAUAGCUAUGUUUCAGUUGACGAGUUUAUUAAAAAAUUCAGAGAAUGUAAUCUGGGCAUGAGGUUAGAUGAUGAGCUUUCAAAGCCAUUUGAUAAGUCUCAAAGCCAUAAGGACAGGAAGAACAGUUGUUUGCACAAUCCACCAACCAAACUUUUGUAUCUGUCUCAUCUGUGCUCUUUGGCAUGCUGUUCUGGCAGCAGGGGAAGACAAUAUUUGUCUUGCAUCAUGAACGUGGUCAGAGCAAGCACUGAGGACCUGCUCAACAUUUUUGGUGCAAUGAUCCUUUUAGUAUUCUUCUUUGGCAUAAACAACUGCUCCAAUGUUCUGCCCUUCGUUGCAACAGAGCGGACUGUUUUCUACCGAGAAAGAUUUGCAAGAAUGUACUCUCCAUGGGCAUAUUCUUUUGCACAGGUGCUAAUUGAGGUUCCAUACAUAUUCAUCCAAACAGUUGUUUGUGUGAUCAUCACAUAUCCUAUGUUUGGUUACCACUCAUCAGCCUACAAGAUAUUCUGGUCACUCUACAGUAUUUUCUGCACACUGCUUUCUUUCAGCUACCUUGGAAUGCUGCUGGUAUCAUUGACACCAACGAUUCAAAUAGCUGCCAUCCUAGCCUCAUCUUGCUACACGCUGCUGAAUUUGUUCUCCGGAUUCAUUAUACCAAAACCACGUAUUCCAGACUGGUGGAUUUGGCUGUAUUACUUAUUCCCCACAUCUUGGGCACUAAACGGCUUGUUCACUUCACAGUAUGGGGAUAUUAAGAAAGAAGUCUCAGUGUUUAAUGAAACCGAAACAGUUGCAGCUUUCAUAGAAGGUUUUCAUUACAAUAUCUUACCUGUUGUUGCUAUUGUUACUCUCAUUUUCCCCAUUGCUUUUGCUUCACUUUUUGCAUACUUCAUUGGAAGAGUGAUCUUCCAGAGAAGGUGAAUUAUGUAUCUGAAUAAUUCAAUACCACUACCAUUUAUAUGAAUGAUUAUAUUACAUAAUUAUUGCUUUGA